UCUUCUUCUCCACUGCUCUCUUCUCGUCCCUUUCUCUUCUCUCGAGCACACGUCUCACUCCUCCAAUGGCUGCCAUCGCGCCUCACCCUGUUCUCUUGCUUCCCCGUCACUCCAAAUCACCCUCAGUCCCAUCACUACUCCAUUCUAAAGCACCCCACCUUGUUCUCCCUCAGAACCCCACAUCUCUUCUCAACUUCUUCCCAGAAGAUCCAUGUCACCCAGCUCUGACAAAUCUCUCCCUCUUCUCCUACCCCGAGCUAGCUCUUCUUCCCCUUCUGAUGUUUCCGCUGAUAAAAACCCCGCUUUUGGACUUCAAUCUUUUGUUGGGGUUCUUCAUCUUGUUGUUUCGUUGGGGUUAAUCCUUGCCGCUGAUAAGCUGCUCAAGCAGGCUUUUACCGAGGCGGCUAUCAAGUUCCCAAGUGCUCUUUUUGGGAUGUUUUGUGUCUUCACUGUGUUGAUAGUGUUGGAUGUUGUGGUUCCAGCGGCUGCCAUGGGUUUGAUGAACUUCUUUGAGCCAGCAACGUUGUUUAUCCAGAGGUGGCUUCCUUUGUUUUACGUUCCAUCUUUGGUGGUUUUGCCGCUGGCUGUGAAGGAUAUUCCUGCUGCUUCUGGGCUUAAGAUUUUGUUCAUAUUAGUUGGAGGUUGGCUGGCUUCACUUUCUGUUGCCGGGUACACUGCCAUAACAAUUAGAAGAAUUGUGAAGACAAAAAUGAUACCUGCUGAGCCUAUGGCGAGGCCUUCUCCAUUUUCAAACAUUGAACUUUGGGCUUGGACUGCUAUUUUUGUUUCAUCACUCGUCCUGGCAUUUGUAAGUCCAACAGCACUUGGAACCAGCGCAAGAACAUGCCUUCCCUUCCUUCUUGCUUCUACAGUUCUGGGUUACAUGAUUGGUAUUGGAUUACCAGCUAAUGUCAAGAAGGUCUUCCAUCCAAUUAUUUGCUGUGCCCUCUCUGCAGAUUUGGCAGCACUAGCAUAUGGGUAUUUCUCCCGGUCUGGAGUGGAUGCUGUUCUAGGCAACUACCUCACAAAAAUUCCAUCAAAUCCUGGGGCUGGUGAUAUUCUUAUGGGAUUUUUGAAUUCAGUCAUUAUUUCAUUUGCCUUUGCAAUGUUCAAACAAAGAAAGCUGAUCAAGAGGCAUGCGGCUGAGAUAUUCACAUCAAUUGUCAUUGGAACUCUGUUCUCUCUCUACUCGACUGCAGUCAUAGGCCGUGCAAUUGGCCUCGAAUCAAAUUUAACCAUAUCAAUUUUGCCAAGAUGUAUCACUGUUGCAUUAGCCCUCAGCAUAGUGUCCUUGUUUGAAGGUGUAAAUGCAUCUCUUACUGCUGCUGUUGUGGUUUUAACUGGUCUUGUUGGAGCUAAUUUUGUACAAGCAGUGAUGGAUAAACUUGGGUUGAAUGACCCCAUUGCUCGAGGAAUAGCGACUGCUUCUAGUGCUCAUGGAUUGGGAACAGCAGCAUUAUCCGCAAAGGAACCAGAAGCUCUUCCUUUUUGCGCCAUUGCUUAUGGUCUUACAGGGAUAUUUGGUUCACUCCUUUGCUCGGUGCCCGCCGUUCGGCAAAGCUUGCUUGCGGUGGCUGGCUGAAAGCUCAACUCAUUUUACUGGAAGCUCAAUUCAUUUUACUGAUCACUCUCCUUAUUAUGUUCAACAUCAUGUCUGCUAUAUCAAUGUUAUUUGAUCUCUUGUGGAUAUAAUCUUCUCUAUGUACUCAUUGAAAGCUCAAUCUUCUUUGAAUUUAUGGCAGAAAUUGCAGGCCUACAUUGAGGCCUUCUCUAUUAUUUAUUUA